UCUCCUUAAAACCACACAAUGAGCAGCAGUCCAAACACAAGUACAAAGCGAUUGUAUAUUGGCAAUCUAGACGAGACAGUUAACGAAUAUGCUAUUAUGAAACUUUUUCAACCUUUUGGAAAAAUUACAUUUAUUGAAGUUAUGGUGCAUUGGACAGGUAUCAAAAAAGGACAACCAAGAGGCUAUUGCUUCUUAGAGUUUGAGACGAAGCAACAAGCAUCAAAUGCAAUUAAUGCCAUGCAUGGAAAAGUAAUGAGAGGAAAAUCUUUAGUGGUCUCGUUUGCACAUAUGACGCCUGAACAUGAUCAAGUGAAAACAAAGCGAGCUCAAAUAUCACACAAGCCAACAACAAUUUCUUUAUUAAAGGGUCAAAAAAUGAAAAACUCAUCGACGGAUGCCAAAAUAAAAGCCAUUGAAGCGAAGCUAGCGUUGCUUAAACAAGAUCAACAAACUUCCUCAUCAAAUCAUAAAUCACCAUCAAACACAAAAGAAAGAUAUAAACCAUACUAGAAAUCCUUCAUAAAAAAAAGUAUCAAUAACAGAAGAGAAAUACCAAAAAAAGUUUAGUUGCAGUUAACCCAAUUGCCAUGAAUUCUUUGGGCAUAAGACGUCUCUUGACAGACACAUCCAAAUGAAACAUUCUGCCACCCAAGAGGCGAACAGUACUCAAUGUAAAGUCCCACUAAGUGGAGAUUUAUUCAAGUUUUUUAUUUCAAACCCUUAAAAAGUUAUAGAAGUAGAAGCUGUCUCUCGUUCUAAAAGGCACUUAAAGGUCUAAUAUUAAAGCAUCGGUUAGCUUAACAUGUCUAAUCUAAGAAAACAUU